AUGCUGGCAGAUCGGGAAGUAGUGUUUAUUGAUAUUGCUAAAGACUGUAGUGAUUAUCAGGAUCUAGAAAAAGACCCGCGGCGUUUCAAGUCCGUGAAAACCGGUCGAGGUCCGCUGACCGGCAAGUGGUACGAGACUUGUGAACCGGUGAUGUGCUGUUACAAACUAGUGUCCGUCGAAUUCAAAUGGUGGGGUCUUCAGUCUAGGGUAGAAAGCUUUAUUCACAAGCAAGAGCAAAGGCUUUUCACCAUAUUCCACCGCGAACUGUUUUGCUGGACGGAUCAGUGGUACGGUCUGACGAUGGCAGACAUUCGGACUAUCGAAGACGAGACGAAGACAACUUUAGAUAAAGGUUUCCACCUGAAAAUGGAAAGCUCGUUAGAUGAGUGUGACUGGCAGCCAGUAACUUAUCUCCAUACUGGCGGUUACUGGUUUGCCAAGCUCGACGUAGAACAUGAAGUCGUGAAGGUGAUGUUCACUGACCUGAAACAGCUGUGGUUGGAAACGGUGGAGCUGGAUGCUUUCUGCGAGCGAUUAAAAGAGUCAAACAGCAAUUUGGAGGGUGACGCUGAACCGCUGGUGCAGCUGUGCAAAUCAAUGCUGCAGCAGAAGACCGACUGCGCGGUUGACGUUGAAACAUUCGAGGAUUCGUCGCUGAUCGCCAAAUUUCACGGAAAGUUCGCUGACGUUCCUUUCCGCUGGUCAACGCAUGUCGCCGUUGCCAACUCGGCCUUAUUUUAUGCGGAAAUCGUCGAACCUCUUCUGCUAAGCGUGCUGCAGUACGACCGUCGUGAGAAAAAGCUGUUUGAAGUUCUUGAGCAGAAGGAUAUGAUGUUGAAAGAUGCGCUGAAGAUCUCGUCACCUGUAACAGCAGAUUCAUCUGUAUUUUCAAGCGAACGAUGGACACAGAAGGAUUUAGAAUCUGCGGAUUUCAGUAGCCUUGAAGACGACUUCUUCGAAGGCAAGGCUAAACUCUUCGACCCUUUGCUGUUCCGACUCAUGAUUUCGAGAGCGAAGUUAAAAUCGUCCCAGCUUUUAGGUACUCAUCUUAUCAUGGUGAUCUUAACGUUUGGUCGGCAACGCGUUUAUGAUAACUGUGGUGCCAUUGUUGCCUUAAUGUACAUUUCUGGGGAACUGUAUGAUGAAGAUUAA